UGGCUAGUUUACUCGCUCGGUCUUGACAUAUUAUUAGUGUUUUUAGUGUCCGAUUUUCUCCUCAAAAUUAAAUGGAUGCCGAUAUUUACCUGCAAGAUGGCCAUAAUUUGGAUUAUGUGUUUAAAGAAUAGCGGCUUCACGGAUCUGUUGGUGGGUAAAUAGGGAUUUACUUAUUUAAGGAGAGGUUGGAUGCAGGCGAAGAGGUCACCAAGGGAAUCAAACGAGCCGAUACGCCGCGUUCAUGAUCGUUUGACGCACUGAUAGGACAAUCACGUAGCUUAUCUCCGGAAUAGUACAGGCAAGCCAAAUCAUUGUACAAGAUGGCUCAGAGUGGUGAAAAGUAUUACAAGUGUCCUGUAUGCUUGAAGGAAUUUUUCAAGUCGCAUACGAUGAAAAUUCACUUGCGCGUUCAUACUGGAGAGAAGCCUUUCCAGUGCAACUAUUGUCCGAAAGCUUUCACAACCAGUGGGAAUCUAAGCGAUCACCUCCGAGUCCACAGUACAGUUCGCAUGUUCAAGUGCAAGAUUUGCGGUGCAAAGUUUAAACGUAAUGCUACCCUGAAGAGACACUACGAAAUGCAUGCCAAAUACAAGCGAGAGAAGCAAGACAAUACUGACUCUGUUGCUACAGGAAAUUCAGAAGGGUUAUUGCAUACUGAACUUGUGAACCAACCAGUCUACUUCCCAAGGUUUGAUAGAAGCUCAGAACUCAUUGUGUCCGAGCAAGGUGAAGAAACCGUUCAGACGGAAAUUGUUCAUCAUCCGAGUCAUGUACAGUUUGAUGACAUGCCAGAUCAGAGAUCUCCCACAAUAGAGCUGAUUUUUCCACCUGUUCUUGGGAGGGAAGAUCAAGGAAGUGUAGUUUUCAGAGGUAUUGAAAUUAAAGAAGAGAAUCUCGAUGCCUUUCAUGAUGCCACAGUCUUAGAGCUCACAGAGGAAAUCGAAGACAUAGACGGUGCACAGGUUAAAGUCUACAGUUUUGCAUCAACUCACAGUCAACUUUCCAGACAUUCUGUGCAACAAGAUGAAGAGACUAGAGAGACAAGUCUACCUCAUAUGGACAGUAUUCCAGAGAACAAAGCCAGCAUUUUCAGACCUGAUGAGUCAGCCAGAAGUGGGGAAGUCUGUGACAUUCAGUCAGAAGUGGGUUACGUUCAGUCAGACUUAGCAAAAAGGUACGGCUCGCAUGUAACAAAAAUGCUGAAAUUGAUUCAGCCUGAAGACAAGCAGGUAGAGUUGAUAAAAGAAUUGAAUCAAGCAAUACAUGAAUUCCUUAUAGACAAUCGCUGAUAUAAAGGGAGAGGUAUUUUAAGUGCCAGAGAGAUGGACACAUGAUAUUUUUAUCUGUGGGUGUUGGCCAUAAUGCAGAUAAAUUUUGCUAAGAGUAGUACGCAAAUUUGAGAUUCACUGUGGGCUUGUUGCUAAUGUUUACUGGUAAUUGUCAUGUCUGAGUUCUACUUUAGUCAUUGGUUGUAAUUUUACUGUUGGUACCAAUUCUGUGUUAAUCUGACAUCCUUCUUAUGAUUGUUGAAUGUCUUUUCCAAUACUGUAAAAAAUUUUAUUUUUGGUAUCAUCACUCCUUUACUAAUUUUGAUAGCACAAACAGGACCAUGGUUUUGUGAAGUUAAGUAAAAAGUUAGUGUUACUGGUACUUGUGAACAUUCUUUAAUUAUUUGGGUUUUCUCUGUAUGAAUAAAAUGUAUUUUGAUACUUUGUAAACUUAACCAUAAACAGUAGAGUACUGCUGUAUAUCUGGUCACUUUGGUGAGAACCUUUUAAGAGGGAUGAGUUCCUUCAUAUCUUUUGACAGAUGUGACAAAGUUUAUUUGGUCCAUAUUGCUAUUUAUUUUUAUAUGAGUCUAGUCUUUGACUUUCUAUUGCUGAUGUAUUGUUACUUAUCAUACAGUGUUUUGGUCACAUUUGUAUGUCCAUUAUGCGGGUUCUAACUACAGCUCCUCCAGCGCCUCAGCAGCGUGGUUGGUAUGGUGUUAGCGUCCCACCUCGGUGGUCGUGGGUUCGAUUCUCGGCCAUUCCAUUGAGGAGUGAGAAAUGUGUAUUUCUGGUGAUAAAAGUUCACUCUCGACGUGGUCGGAAGUCACAUAAAGCCGUUGGUCCCGUUGCUGAAUAACCACCGGUUCCAUGCAAUGUAAAAGCACCAUACAAACAAUAACUACAACUCCAGUUUGACAGUAAAUUUGAGUGUAGGAAAAAGUCCCUCUGCCUUUUUAAAAGAGUUGUGGAAACUAUAAGACCUCUUGGGUUGUGGGUUUGAGUUAUAAUGGGUCUUAUUAAGGCUAAAAAAAUCAAUGGGGAUUGAAGGUGAAAUUGAUAGAUAAACAAAUGCUUGGAGUUGAAGUGAUAAGAUGGCACUAUUUUUUUAUUGUUACUCAUUUGAAAUCCUCUGCUGACAGCCUGUAAAGAUAUAUGAGUAUUUAUUUCAGUGAAAGGUUGAAGCUUGUAAGUGCAUGGAAGAAAAAUUGAUUUGUAAUCUUGAAUCGGAUGUGAUUUCGUCGAUCAUCUAUAUUAUACAUAUUUUAAGAUAUUCAUAAAAUAAAUUUAUUUUUGUA